AUGCUCGACCGCAUAUGGGAUGAAACCGCCGCCCUCGGCACGGCUCCCAUAUUCGACGAUGCUGUCUAUCUCUCCGAAGCCCUGGGCCUGCCUAUAAAUCAGAAUGAAGACCAUCUCGACGCUGAGUUGGCCCUGCUUGCUCGCGAAUCCGGUAUCCCGGAUCCUUAUCGCUUCCUACCCCCGCCCAAAACCAUUUCUCGUGCAAUCUCGACUAUGACGUUGGAUAGCGAUCAGAGGAGUUCCCGCUCAAUUCAUUCCCAGGAAACACAGUCAACGAGCUUCACCUCGGCGCCUUCCCGGACAUCAAGAGACCAUCUAUUCUCUAGCGACGGCUCAACCACGAAGAGAGUGCCCGCAACGCUUCCACAGCCCACAUGUAUUGUCGAGAACCCUAAAACCGUCGCUGAACGUCCUGAGUGUGACUUCAAGUCAAGGCAAUCAUCGACACUGUCCAUCGUUCCUUCUGUCGUUUCUAGCUCGACAUCGUCACGGCAAGCGCACUCGCGGAAGAAACGUAGCUCCGCCAUCUUCUCCAUGUUUCGAAGAGACUCGGGUGGCACUUGCACUACGUCGGUCUCACACCACGGACACCACAGCAAGCCACGAGGCGCAAAGCUAGCAUGCGGUCAUACGUUGUCCGACUACGAUAUCCGCGCGCAUACACAGGAGGCGUCAAAGAGAGGCUCACAUGUUACGCCCGAAUGCUGUGGAAGCGCAAUACCGCGCUCAGUAUUGGAGAUCGUUCAGACGAAAGAAGAGACUAAGCUUGUUAUGGAUCAUGCUGUCGACCUGUCCGACUCCGCUUUCCGUGACUCUGGCUAUUGUGAGAUCGCAAUAUCAACUGCCGACCCGCCACAUCCAACCAAAAAUCUUCCACGUUCAGAAAAGCCUUCUGCUUUGGCGCAAGUUCCAACCAGACGCAGCCGGCACGAGGCGAUCAAUAUUGACUCAGCGUUGGCGAACGAGGCUUUCAAGAGCUUCAGGACACAACAAAAGGAGCAGUUUGAACGUGUUUCUUCUUUCGAGUGCAAUCAGAGAAAAGCUUUGUCAACGUACCAUCGGUGCUCCAUGGUGCUUCUAGAGGCGCAAUAUAGGAUCAAGAGAGAGGAGCGAGUUGAAAAGCACAACGAGGACCUCGAGCGGCUAGAAGAACGACAGCUCCUCGCUGAACAUGACCUUCUGAAAGCACAAUCCCAGGAAACACAAAACGUAGCAACAGCAUUAAAGUAUAUCGAGGCUUACUGCUUGGGUACAAGAAACGAUGAGGAGCGCGCGCAUACGGUGUCAGAAGAAGAUUUCAAGAAGCUAGAUCGUCAAAGAAUGAUUCAACAGGAUCUCCCAAGAAAGCACGCGAGUGCGAUCAACGUUUUACGGGCAAAGCAAGAGUUGGACACAAAACGAAGGGCAGAAAAGCAGGAGGCAGAGCUGCAACAAUUGCUUGUAGAUCAUGAAAAUGAAAAAGUUGGGAAAGAGGCUGAAUAUCAGAAAGAGUUGGAGAGACUUGGCGCAGUCAUCGAAGAGAGACGAAAGAGGCUGUUGCAGAGGUGGGAUCUCAAAUUUGAGAUGUGGCGACGAGACUGGGAAGCGCAACACAACACGACUCUGACGGCGGAACUCGAACAUGAGGACUGGCCGUCUCGCAAAGCGGAUCAUGCCAUUUCCAUACCCGAAACAAGUUCGCUUGCUCGAUAUGUCAAGGCUGCAGCUUGA